AGCCCGGGCCAGGCCCGCGCGCCCGAGCGCAGCUGCGCGCCUAGCCCAGGUGCCAGCGCCUGGGGCGGGGCCUCACCUGUUCUGCUCGCUGUCCUCCUCCCCGCCAGGCUGUAGCCUCUUUCAGACUUGCAGCCAGACCACUGGGGGACAGAGCUGUUCGGGGCCGGCCUUUCCUGGGAGCCCCGUCAUCAGGGUUCUUUCGUGGGACACCAAGGUUAGGCUGCACUUGAUCAAAACUCCUCCAAAGGAGGUUCUAGUCCUUGAUUGGUUGGCCCUCUUGGCUUUGGGCAAGGCAGCAUGUCAUGGGAGGAAUACAUCUUGAAGCAGAAGCAAAAGAGAUAACGGAAGUGACCCCACUUCUUAAAGGCUCCUCCAUUUGGUCUCUGUUUCCUGUUCUGCGUGCCACGAGCCGCUUUCCUCCGGUGUGUCCCCUGCCAUGCUGACAUGCCUUGGAGCCCGCCGACUGUGGACUGAAAAGUUAACAAAAUAAAUUCCUUCCUUAAAUUGUGGCUGUUGGGUGUUUCAUCCUACCAAACAGAAAAGUGACUAAGGCAACAGAAAUAUAAGAAAAAAGGACCGUGGCUUAGUCAGAUACAUCUCUAUCCAUUAAAGGAAACCAAACCUUUAACAUAUGAGGAUACAGAAACUCUGUCAGUUUGAUCCAGAAUGGGAACAACAAGUGAUGAGAUGGUAUCUGUGGAGCAGACCUCCUCUUCCUCAUCCCUAAACCCCCUGUGCUUUGAAUGUGGCCAGCAGCACUGGACCAGAGAAAACCACUUGUACAACUACCAGGAUGAGGUGGAUGACGACCUUGUCUGCCACAUUUGCCUUCAGCCCCUGUUGCAGCCACUGGACACACCUUGUGGACACACAUUCUGCUACAAGUGCCUCCGAAACUUUUUACAAGAGAAGGAUUUUUGUCCAUUGGACCGGAAAAGACUUCACUUCAAGUCGUGUAAGAAGUCUAGCAUUCUAGUUCAUAAACUUCUAGACAAAUUAUUAGUUUUGUGUCCAUUUUCUUCAGUGUGUCAAGAUGUGAUGCAGCGCUGUGAUUUGGAGGCACAUCUUAAAAACAGAUGUCCUGGAGCUUCUCAUCGGAGAAUUGCCCUAGAGGAAAGGAAAACUAAUAAAACUCAGAUGGAGAUUGAAAAUGAAAGUGGAUCCACUGUAAUAGAUCCUCCAGGUAUUUUGUCCCCAGACACCGACUGUUCAGGGCUGGGGACAGGCACAGGACCCACCGAGCGGAACUCAACGUUAGCGUGUCUUCCCAUCUGUUCUGAGGAGCCUGGCCUGGACAACCCUGCCUUCGAGGAGAGCGCCGGAGCCGACACUAUACAACAGCCACUUAGUUUACCAGAAGGAGAAAUUACCACCAUUGAAAUCCACAAAUCUAAUCCAUACAUUCAGUUAGGAAUUAGCAUCGUGGGUGGCAAUGAAACGCCACUCAUAAACAUUGUCAUCCAGGAAGUCUACAGGGAUGGAAUCAUCGCCAGAGAUGGGAGACUCCUUGCUGGAGACCAAAUUCUUCAGGUCAACAACCAUGAUAUCAGCAAUGUGUCUCACAACUAUGCCAGAGCUGUUCUUUCCCAGCCUUGCACCACACUGCAUCUCACUGUGCUCAGAGAGAGACGCUUUGGCAACCGAGCACACAACCAUUCUGAUGGCAGCUCUCCACGGGAAGAGGUUUUCCAUGUGGUUCUUCAUAAACGAGACUCUGGUGAACAACUUGGCAUUAAAUUAGUCCGAAGGACAGAUGAGCCAGGUGUUUUUAUCCUUGACCUGCUGGAAGGGGGACUGGCAGCCCAGGAUGGCAGGCUCUGCAGCAAUGACCGGGUGCUGGCCAUCAAUGGGCAUGAUCUGAAGCAUGGGACACCAGAGCUCGCAGCCCAGAUCAUCCAGGCCAGUGGAGAGAGGGUGAAUUUAACAAUUGCUAGACCAGGGAGACCCCAGCUCGGUAGCACUGUCCGAGAGGCAGGACCUCACGGAAGCAGCCAGCACCACACACAGCCACUGUCUCACAACAGACCAAGCUCACAUAAGGAUCUUACUCAAUGUGUUACAUGCCAAGAGAAACAUAUUACUGUAAAGAAGGAACCACAUGAAUCCCUUGGAAUGACAGUCGCUGGAGGCAGAGGAAGUAAGAGUGGUGAACUGCCGAUAUUUGUGACCAGUGUACCACCUCACGGCUGUCUUGCCCGAGAUGGCAGAAUUAAGAGAGGUGAUGUGUUGCUGAAUAUCAAUGGCAUUGACCUGACCAACUUAAGUCACGGUGAGGCUGUGGCUAUGCUGAAGGCCAGUGCUGCUUCCCCAGCUGUUGCGCUCAAAGCACUAGAGGUCCAGAUUAUCGAGGAGGCCACUCAGACCUCGGAGGAGUUGCCAAGUGCUUUCAGUGAAAAUGAGUAUGAUGCAAGUUGGUCGCCGUCGUGGGUCAUGUGGCUUGGGCUUCCAAGUGCUCUUCAUAGCUGCCAUGAUAUAGUUUUACGAAGAAGCUACUUGGGAAGUUGGGGCUUCAGUAUUGUUGGUGGAUAUGAGGAGAACCACACCAAUCAGCCUUUCUUCAUUAAAACCAUUGUCUUGGGAACUCCUGCUUAUUAUGAUGGAAGAUUAAAAUGUGGAGACAUGAUUGUCGCUGUAAAUGGUCUGUCUACUGUGGGUAUGAGCCAUUCUGCACUGGUUCCCAUGUUAAAAGAACAGAGGAACAAAGUUACCCUGACCGUUAUUUGUUGGCCUGGCAGCCUUGUAUAGAUUUUUGAAAUUAGUUUCCAGUCUUCCUUCUUCCUUUUUAGUUUUUUUUAAAGAAAAACCCUUUGGUUACAUUGUGUUAGGAGAUACUGGCACAGCUGGUAGACCCGGGGCCCAAAACAACCAAGGUUAUCUUUUUAUUUAAAUGGUUUCCUAAAGUUAGCUACAAUUCUUUCAGCCUGGAGACAGUCUUCCACUGACCCUGGUGAGUUUAUAUUUUCAGAAUUCAAACUCUCAGAUGUAGAGUAAUGAAUGAAGCCCACCCAAACAGUGACCCAGCCAGCUGGAGUAGAGUGGCGGUUCUUUGUUUUCAGUAACUGAAUCAUAAAAUGAGUUAUGUGUCCCUCCCAAGACUGAUGUCAGCACAGACACAAACAGUAGCAUUUAGUGCUGCUGUCACAGGCAGUGACAUGAAUGAAUACAUUUUAAAUUUGAGUGAUAUCUAUUGCUCAUUUUUCAUUGGUGCCAACAUUUCAAUACUUUAUAUUGUUUAAAAAGUGAUUUUUCUGAUUUAUUUCUACUAGAUGAUAAAGACCUAAGGUGACAGCACUAAAGUUUUGUGUUUUUUGUUUUUUUAAUAAUGUACCUUCACUAGAGAUGUAAAGAAUAAAAGCUAAUGUGAUCUGAUAUCCAGGGACAAAGGCAUUGGGCGAUUAUUACACCCUAGUGCAGGAGUGGGUAAAACCGCAUUUACCGGAACAGUCCAAAGGCAUUAAAGAUUCAUUUCCAAAGGGACAUUUUGCUACGUAGGAAAUUUUUGAAGCUGUUUUUGCUAAAAAUCAUUUCUAGAGUUUGUAUUAUAUUUAUCGGCAAUCUUGUCUGGAAAUGUUCUUGUGAUUUAUGCAAUUAAGCUAGAUGAUAAAGCUAAAACCACAUUGCUAUUAAAUACACACUCAUAUAUCACAGCUAAGUAGAAACAAGACCUUUUUAUUUUAUUCACAUAGGAGCACCUGAGCGUUUUAGAACUCUUAGUUUUCCCAUUCUUAUAAACUUGUUUCAAGUAGAAGACUAAAAAGGUCUGUUUUGGUUUUUUAAAAUCUGAAAUAGUAGGUUUUAGAUGUCAGUAUCUUAUGGUCCAAUCUUGGACACUGGACUCUUUCAUAUUUUUAAAAUAUUUUUGAAAGCUUUUAUCCCUUACUCAACACAGUUGUCCUUUGAACACAUAAAGAAGUGAGUUAAGAAAAGUAUCUUUACUAGUAUUAUGCAUACUUGAAAAAAGUUUCAUGUAGAAACUUAGUUCAGAAUAUGAGCUAAUUUACAAGUGACCUCUGCAAUGAAUGGUAUUGAUGAUCACAGAAUGUAUUUCAAAUCCUACAGUGUAUUAUGAAGCAUGACCACUUCGUUUUCAAAUGCAUUACUAGGGCUUAUUAUAUCUGUAGCAUAUUAUUGAUUAUUCCCAUUUUAUAAUGUUUUGUGAAAACUUAUCUCUUUGGAAUAAGUAACAAUUGGCGGCAGUAAUUUUACUGACUUAAUGGACCCUAUUACAACACUGUAUGGUCAGUACUUAACCCCGAUACAGAGGAAUGUCCCAUGCAGUAUAUUACUGUUAUGUGAAGAUUGAUUUUUUUUGAAGCAAUUUGAUAUUGAAGUGCUUUGAUAUUCUAAUUGACAUGGAACAAGUUUUUCCCCUGCUCCCCAAAUAGAAUUUUGUAACCAACAUUGCUAUUUUUUUUAAAGUUUGUAAAAAUGUGUCAUUUCUUAGGUUAUGACCACCCAUCAAAAAAUAUCAUAACUGCUACUUUGUCAUACAUAAAAUACAUUGAACCUGGUGGUCUAAUGAGUACUUUGAAAGGAUUUUCUUUUCAGUAUUUUUAUCAUGGAAAUCUGAGAGUCAGCCAACCCAGUAGUUUAUAAAGAAAGACUAGCUUUUGGUCAGAAUGAUAUUUGGUGAUGGAGACUUGUUCAUAAUUUAUUAUUACUGUUAAAAUAUUUGAACUUUCUCACUUAAAUUCUUACAGUUACUAUUUUGAUUUGUUCUGUGCCUUCUGUUUAAAUUAUUUCAGGAUUUUUUUCAGAUGUGUUUAAAUAAUGGUGUGAUAAUCAUUCAGGAUGGAAAUAAAAGUCACC